CAGGUGAUUUUAAGAUGACUAUCAACAAAGUCAAUUGUAUUAGGGUUUUAGAAGUUUCCAUAAUAUUAGCUUGUGAUUUUGAAGAAAAAUCAUACCAAGCACUUGUAUGUGCACCAAUAUUGAAAUUCUGAGUCAAGUUCUCUGCAAUUGGAAAUGAUGGGAUCACAAAGUGUUGAGAUCCUAAGACAGGGGGUGUGGGCAUCUCUGACUGGCGGAUGGUUUUUUGACCCUGGCAAGUCUAUGUUCUGCAACACUUUCCACCUCUACAUGUGGCUAUAUCUUGCUUGUGCACCAUUUUCUAUUUCUCUGAGCGGUGUUGGAUGGUGGUUGGGUUGGGUUAUGCACCUAACCCUGCUGUUCAUAGUGAGUGCACUCAUCAAGGCCAUGAACUAUGUCUUGCACCAUCUUUUUGACACUGCCCAGUGUCAUGUUGAAGAAGAUUCAUCAAACUCCUCACAAGGGAAUACCAUUGACGGGCCUUUUGCUCCUCACUCAAGCUUUUCUUCUUCACGAAGGUUGUCAUCGGUUGGUCAGCGCCCAUCUAGAGGCCUACGAGAUGACAUUUUCAGCCGGUUCAGGUCUGUGGAAGCUGUCGAGAUGCCUGUGAUGUCAGGCACUGCAGCCUCUGGCAAUAUCCCACACUCAACAUAUGAUGAGUCAUCAGCUAUGUGCGUCAUCCACAACUCAGACUACGUAGCGCCCCUCCCAGCAUCCAGCAGCCACUCACUGCCUUUCAUCUCAACCAGCAACCACAAUAUUGUCUUCACAAAUACAAUUGCCAAUUCUUUAUGCUCGAGUACGACAGGCGUGAUGAGCACUCGGCAGCGCACUUCAAGGCCUUCAGCUGCUGCAAGUUCAGCUGUCAGUGUCCUUCGUCCUGGAAUGAUUAUCAGUUAG